AGAUACGAUGAUUUACUCUGAACAGUAUUUUCUAAGAGAUUAUAAAGUGCUAUCACUAUAUCAACUAAUUACAAUAUCAAAUAAAUAGUGAUAAUAAUAAUGAUGAUAAUAAGAAAAUAAAGUUUAAGAAGUAAUAAAAAUUAAAUAGUAAUAAUAUCGUCGAAAUGUGUCUGUGAAAGUAGAAUUUCAGCAACAACGAAUGCGUGCCAUGUAAACAACAGAGCUAGUUGGAAUUGUGUUUUGCAGUGACUUCCGGCUGCUGCUUGUCUCGCAAGGAUAAAACGCAUAUUUCCAAGCUUUUGACUUUCCUCUAUUAAUCUAAAGGGAACAAAGAUGAGUUCUUCACACGCCGAAAAGGAUCUGGAUAACACUAACUGUAGUCGUGGUGUUUGGUUGGUGAAAAUUCCCAAGUAUAUGAAGGAUAAGUGGGUAGAAUGCCCAGGAGAUGUUGGAAAGCUCAGAAUUAACAAGGCUCCAGGAAAGGUACCAACAGUUACAUUCAAGUCCUCAGAAAACUUGAUGGAUAGCAAGACCCCAAGAGAACACAAAUUCAUUUUACACAGUGUAAAAGAACAAACAUUAGGGGUGUUUUCACAUACAGUCUCCAGUGGAAGCAGUGAUGCUGUAGUUCCAGAGACAGAGAAACUGUUUAUGGAAGGGCAGGUCAUCCAGAAAUUUGAGUGUCAGCCAGUUGUGGAUACAUAUUACUUGAACCAGAAGAGAGAAGCUGUGAAGAAGGCAGCCCAGCCAUGUCGCCAGUCUAUGUUCAUCCAGAGGCCUGUCACAGUCUACCGCCCCGUUGCAACUCACAAGCAUACUAUUGAGUUAGAAGAGCGUAAGAAAGCUGAAGGUAAAAAGGCUCGUGAUGAUAAGGACAAAGUCAUGGAGAUGCUCUUUGCUGCCUUUGAAAAACAUCAGUACUAUAACAUCAAGGAUCUGCAGAAAAUUACACGGCAACCAAUUACUUACCUGAAGGAGAUCCUGAAUGAAGUAUGUGAUUACAAUGUCAAGAACCCUCACAGGAACAUGUGGGAAUUAAAGCCCGAGUACCGGCAUUAUAAAGCUGACGAGGUAGAGGCUGCAGAUGAUCCAGGAAGUGACUAAGGAUUUAAACUUAGCUAAGGCAUUUUUAUCAUGACUCAUAGUGAUGAACACCCCUUCCUCACCCUAUUGUUUCAUUUUUUGCAGUUUGUGUUGUGGUAUAUACAAAGGGAUAUAUUUGGUUUUAUUGUCUUUGAAGUAGGAAGAGAAAUUAUUAUUUUUUAACUGUUUGGAUAAGGGAUUUUUUAUCAUGACAUAGUGAUGAACAUGCCUUCCUCAACCCAUUUCUUUUUUUAUCCAGUUUGUUAUGAUAGUCAUUAUUUUUAUUAUUAUUAUAAUUGUAUUUGGAAUAGGAAGAGGAAUCAGUUUUUUUUAAUAUAUUUUUUUUUUAUUACUUUUGGUAUAUUUUACUGAUGUAAGUAUAAAGAGAACCAACUUUUCUGUAAUAAUUUAUUAAAUUUAUUAUUGAUUUUAUGAAGAUGAAUUUGUGUAAGGCUUCUUACUUAUAGCUGCUCCAUGUCAAACAUGUGCAUUUCAAAGUAUUAGGCUGUGGUAUUAUUUUUUUCGUAUAUUUCUAUGGUAAUACUAGUACAGUAAGGGGUUUUAGCCAAUAGAAAGGUUUGAAAUAAUGCUUAGAUACUUGCAUUGGUUAACAAAAGCAUUCUAGGAACAUCAAGAUUAUUUAUCUACAGUACUUAUUUCUUUUUUUUAAGUAUAUUGUAUUUUGACAAGGGUCUUGCAAUUUAUUAUGCAUCUUUGUUUCAGUAAUCAACUUGUAGUGAGAAUAUUUCAUAUAGUGUAUUGCAUACAUUAUCAGUUAAAUUUGUGCUAACUUUUCAUUAAUAGUACAAAUGGAAAUUUAGUAUCACCCAUUUAUGUUAAUUGGAAGCAUAUUGUUCAUACAACAAAAUACAGUGGAUUUUAUCUUUGUUGUCGCAUUUCAUUGUAGAAAUAUGAUGUCCAUUCCUUUUUUUUGUAUCGAUCAGUUUAAUAAAUUAUUUGAAAAGUA